AUGAGGCCGAGAAAGAAAUUGGAAUCAUCAAUGGUUAAAGAGACUAUCAUAUCGGAUUUGCCCGAACACAUCAUUCAUAAUGUUCUUUCAUUGCUUUCAACCAAAGAUGCUGCUAGAACCACUGUCUUGUCUAAGAGAUUCAGGCUUGCCUGGACUUCUUUUCCGAUCAUUGAUCUCGACUUCACAGAAUUUCGAAACAAUAUUGCAAUAGACCAGUUCUUGGAUUUCGUGCGUGAUUCUCUCCAACGUCGUGCACCGAAUAUAUGUGUAGAGAAGUUCAGGCUACUAGUUGUACUUCGUAGUAUGGAGGCUGACAAUCGUAUUGAUGGGGCAAUAAGUUAUGCAAUCGAGCACAAGGUGAAAGAAUUAGAUCUACACCUUCUGCACACCAAUAAUUUUAACGAUUUAUACUACAAAUUGCCAUCGGUUUUGUUUUCUGUCGAUUCAGUCAAGGUUUUGAAGCUGAAAGGGUUCAAUUUGGAGACACUAGAUCUCGAAAAGUUUCCUUUGAUUGAAGAAUUGAGUCUCAUAAGCUGUGCUGGGUUGAAUAAUUUGAGGGUUUCCAAUGGUCAACUUAAAAUCCUGGAGGUAAAAAGUUGUGGUGGCCUAUUGCAGAUUGAUAUUUCAAAGUCAAAUCUUCGAUCAUUUUCAUUCACAGGAAAACAUUCGGGCGGUGGGGAGUACGAGAAUUGCCAGAUUAACCCAGCGGACUGUCACUCGCUUACCAACCUAGCAAUAAGGGGAGCUCCAAAAAUUACUAGUGAGUGGUUUGAUAACUAUGUUUCUAAGCUUACUUUGCUUGAGAAUUUGAUACUUUCUGAGUGCAAAAGAUUGAAAAAAAUAUAUAUUCCUAAUCCUGAAGUCAAAGUAGUGGAGAUUAAAAGGUGUGCUGUAUUAGGGAAGAUUGAAAUUGUUGCUCAGAAUGUUCAGUCUUUCGUGUAUUUUGGGCAAUCCAGACCGUGUCAAAUCAAGAUCACAGCCUGUAGGCUCCUUAGAAACCUUCAGUUAUAUGGCGCUAAUGUAGAAGCGAGGUGGAUUGAAGAAAGGUUAUCUCAAUUACCUCUUCUUGAAAGCCUUCGGUUGUGUUACUGUGAUAUGUUGAGAACUCUUGAAGUUUCUCAUGAACAACUCAAAAGUUUCCAGUUGAUUAAUUGCUCCAUAUUGGAGAAAGCAGUAAUCUAUGCUCCAAACCUCAUUUACUUUAGGUAUGAGGGUAAAGUGCUAAAGUCGCCUCUAUCGGUUGAUUCUCCUCAUUUAGAAGCUGAACUCACUGUGGAUUCCGGUAGAUAUAUCACCUCAUCGGACGAAUGGUACAACAAACUGAGAAAUUUUCUUGGAUACUUUGAUCAUUGCAAAUUGUUGAUACUUAACUGCAUUCCGAGGAGAAAUCUUUAUCCUACGUUUUUGAUUUUUCCCGAAGAUUUGAGAGACACUUUACUUCCACCCUUGUUUGAUGUCAAGCAUCUGAAGGUAAAAAUAGAAGCACAAUUGAAGGACAUCAUAAGUUUGGUGGAUGGCUUGCUUUGGCUUUCUCCUCUUUUAGAGACUAUGUCCAUUAUUGAUUCAGGCUCCGGUGGUGGAGAGAGCUCCUUAAAGUUCCAAUAUGCUAAGUCUUCGGUUAUGGAAGAGAUGGACCUAACCUGCUGCCAUUCACGGAUUAUAAAGUGUUGGCGACAUCAUUUGAAGAAAGUUUCGAUGGAGAACUUUAGUGAAAGUGACAGGAUGAGGCUUAUGGAUUAUUUUGGAAGAAAAGCAAUGAGGUUGGAAACUAUAGAAACAUGA